AUGCGCGCGGCGCGUCGUCAUCGGUGGUCUGUCAAGCGGGAUGUCGAGGUUGCUAGGAAGGAGGUUGCGGCUGGGCGUCGGGAGUGUGCUCGGGACCAUCUGGAUCGUGCGGUCGCGGCGGGGAUCCUUCGUUCUGCGCCAUCUGCGGUUGUAGGCCAAGGUGAUGAGGUUCCUGUUCCGCCUGAUCCCAAGGUUGGCGAGGCUAGUGGCUUGGGGUCCGUGGUGCCUAGGAUUUCUUCACGGACAAAGCCUAAUCCUUGGAUUGGCCCUUUGCCGAGGCCUAGGAUUUCUCCCAGGCGUACUCUCGGAGAUGUGUUCCCGGCCGUGCUAUGGGCACCGGAUGAGAAUUCAGUCUCCAUCUCCGGCGGACGGAAGAUCUCUGCAGAUCGGAUGGUUCAAAUUUCAAAUGUGGAUGCGGAAUUUGGGCUGGCAGGUGGGUCCGCGGGGCGUGAUGGGUGCCUCUCUGAUUGGGCCAUCCGUUUUCCGGGUCUUUCGUCUCUUCGAUCCAGGAUUUGGCGUAGACCCAACCCUGCUUGGUCGGGCUUUGUUUCUGGCGAUCGCCGUGCGUUCGUGAGAGACCUCCGCGUCUGCGCUAUGACCGGUGGCGGCCAAUCUGCUGGGGGUGGUGGAGGCUCCAAGAGUCGCUAUGGCAAUGGAGGAGGCGGCGGCGGAAGUGCUCCUCGUGGUGGUGGCCAUGGCGGGAAAGGAAGUGGCGGCGCGGCACCUGGUGACCGUGUCGGUGGAAGAGGUGUUUUGAGUGGCAGGUCAAGACCAGCACGUUUUUUCGCUCCUUAUGGACGGGGUCGCAGCGUCUUCCGGUGGGAGAACCGGCAGUGCGGCGAAGGGCGUGGCCGUCGUGUGGAUGUGCUGGCUCCUCAGGUCCAUGGCGCUGAGGAAAAUGCCUCUCUAGGGCAGGUUCGUGAUGAUAAGGUGGGCAGAGAGGCUCUCCUGGCUGCUGACCAGAGCCGUAACAGAUGUUUGGAGAAGCAUGUUGAUUCUAAUCAGAGUAAUAAGGGUAAGAAGUCAAUUAUUUUAUGUUAUCAGAUUUGUGAGGAGGAGCAUUUCACUCCUCAAUGCCCUCUUCUGCGAGCCCCAAAGCCUUCGGCUAUUUUCUGUGGUUUUGCUGGUGAUGGUCUGGGCUUCUUCCAAAUUCCUCAUGAUGGUAUUGCCAAGGCGGUCAAACACGAUGCUGCGACUGCUCUGAUCCGGGUUAAGGAGGGUUUCAUCCCGGCAGAGCUAAUACAAUCUGAAUUGGCUCGUCUCAUUCCUGUCAAAUGGCAGUGGGUAGUUGAAGAGCAUGGUAUUGGGGAAUAUAUUGUUCCUUUCCCUUGCCAUGUUGAACUGCAGCGUAUGGUGGCUAUAAAAGAAAUUAGGACAUGCAAUGCGGAGGGAGUGAUGGUUUUUGAGGAAUGGAACCAGAAGAUUGAACCUUGCCAAUUUCUUCAGCAUGUCUGGGUUAAUGUGUAUGGAGUCCCGUUCGAAAUCCGAUCUUUUUUGCCUCUUUGGGCUGUCGGCUCAAUUUUGGGAGCGACUCAAAAGGUUGAUAUGGUUUAUCUAAGAAAGACGGGGGUAGUCCGUAUUUGUGUGGCAGUUACUGAUGUUAAUAAAAUCCCAGAUGCCACUGAUAUUACUGUUGAUGAUGCGGUCUAUGAAAUUUUCUUUAAGGUGGACAAAGUCCUUCCAUCGGCUAAAACUGAUGGUGUUUCAGAUGGAGGGCUGGGUAAUGACGGAGAUACCCAGCAGGACGUGGAGGAUAAUCUUCAUGGUGACCGUGGAUACAAGACGGCCAAGGGAAUGGAGAAUCAGGGAAGUUCUUCUGAGGCUCUUCCUGAGGAAAAACCAUCUGGUGACAGUGCAAUGCAGGAGAAGUGUCUUAAGCAUGCGGCAGUUUCUUCACCUGCCUUUGGGUCGACAGAGCCUCUUGUGCAUUCGGUUGUGGGGUGUGGAGAUCUUGGUGGUAAUCUGGGCGUGGUUAUAGAGAUGCCGGUGUGCUGGCCGUCUGAGCUGCUUUCGGACGUGGGCCGCCGGAGGGAUGCACAAGUCUUGGAACUCAGGGAGGUUGGAACGGCUCAGGCGUUGGCUGAAGAUCCUUUGCAGUCCUCUGAAGAUUCUGUGGUUCAGUCCUCUGAAGAUUCUGUGGUUCAAAUCGCUAAGAAGGUGUUGACUGCUUGCUGGCCGGCUGAGUUGUUGGUGGAAAUUGUUGGCCGGGGUGAUGCUCAGGCCUUGGCGCUCAGGGAGACGGGGACUGUGAUUCCUUUAAAAUCGGUAGAAACAGCUGGAUGGGUUGAUGUUUCCUCUGAUUGGUGCUUGCCAGGGUGUGGUCUGCCUGAAAACUCUUCCGUGCUGUCUCCGUUCGGGUCCUCUGAAGUUUCAGGCUCUCAAGAUGCAAAGAAAUUGCUGCUGCAGGUUUCUUCUUCGAUGGUGCCUGUUGAGAAAUCUGUUUCUUUGCCUGUUGAAAGCUUAUGCAAUGCAGCAGCUCCUGCAAUUGUGCGCUGCCCAGAGCCUCUCUCUUCCCUAAAUCAUCAGGAUCUUGUUGAGAGGGGCGAUCAUUCGUACAGAGCAAAUAGCUCAAAUGCUUUUUCUGGUCUUCCAAGAUUUGUGCUUCAGAACCUCUCCAAGCAGAACGGAAUUCGCGCAAAUAUAUCUAAUAGGGGAAUGGCGGAGGCGCUGCAGGCACUUGACUCUGUGGUUGGAAUUGAUAUGGUUUCAGAUUUGAGGAAUAAGUCAAAGGUGCAAACUGUGAGUACCCAGGGGGUGCUUAAUCUAGCAAUCAUUCCUGGGGAGGAUAAUUCUAACAGAAGGACUAGCAGGAGGACAGCAGCUUUGGGGGAUGAGCAUAUUCUGGCAAAGGCAAAGAUCCUGACGGCAAAAAGGAACUUAGAUGAUGGUACUGUUCAGAGGCACUUACUGGCUAAGGUUCUGGAGACUACUUCACAGGGAGGAUUUGAGGGAAGAUUUUCUGUCGGUCUGUCAUAUGUUGGAGGUGGUGGCAUUGGAGCUCUUCGCCAAGCAUGGAUGGUCUUGUAGUUACAGAUUGCAAGCUUCUUGAUGUUUUUUUGGUGUGAUGUGGGCUACUCUUGUUAGGAGUUGUAAUAAUUUGUUGGCUGUAUGCAUCUUUGAAUGCAA